AUGUUUGGAGUCAUUCCCCUGAGCGUUCAGUCUCUUCCAUGGUGUCUGGGAGUCCCGCUCCCCGUGUCAUGUCCGUCCCAUGAUCAGCGUGAUGCUGCCCCCAACCGCUUUGUCUUGAAGGCGGACGCAGCAGACCCUCAGGUCAAUCUGAAUUUCCGUAUCGGUCUCACGCCAAAGGAUAUUGCUGGCCUCGAGAAAGCCCUGUACGAUCCAGACAACGAUCUAUACGGGCAGCAUCUUAGCUUCGAGGAGGUCAAAACAUUCAGCGCAGCAAAUUCAGAGGCAGUAACCGCUGUCACCGGCUGGCUUGCCGAUAACGGAGUCAACUUGGCGCCGCCAACACACGCCCAGUACGAAAAUUUUGUACACACCGACACAGGGGAUACCUCAUACCUCAUCCGUACUUUGACUGCUUCAACACCGUCAGACCUGGUCGACUUUGUCGAGGUUGUGUAUCCUACGACAUCUUUUGGGAGAUUCACGUUCGGCCCGAAAUCCAUGGUGUCUAUUCCUAACCUGACCAAACGAGCGAAUCCAGCACCUUUGUUGUGUAACAAUGUCAUCGUCUGCAAGCUCUAUUAUAAUGGUAUUCCCACGACUCGUGCUACUAAUCAUCUGGUUUCAUUGCUCAGAACUCUCGACGGUAGUCAGAACCCUCAGGGCCGGGAUUGA